AUGUCCGGCGUAGUAUCUAUAACAGACAGCAUAAGCGGAAAACUUAAUGUUCAGGAAAAAUAUCAUGAGGAAGCGAAGAGUGACGCUGCUGAAAAGAACUUAGUAUCUAUCGAUGGGAGUCUGAAGCAAAUCACAUCUGCAACAUCAUGCUAUGAUGGAGAAAAAAUCAUCAAAACAAGAGGCGUUACCAGAAUUGAAGUUGUCAGAGAGAAAAUGAGUACAAGGGUCAGAUGGAUCCUCGGUCUUUCAAUUUUUCUAACAUCAGCGGUGGCCGCUUUGGAUGCCACAACUACGUAUAACUACCAGCCAUACGCCACCUCUUCAUUUAACAGACAUUCGAUGCUGUCGACACUAACAAUUGCCAAUUCUGUCAUAGGAGCCGUUUGUAAACCUUUCAUUGCCAAAAUUUCAGAUUUAAGUUCCAGGCCUGUCACUUACUUCGUGGUCCUGUUACUAUACGUCAUAGGUUUCGUUAUCACCGCCUGCUCUCCCACUAUUGCUGCCUAUGUGGUCGGUUCUGUUUUUAUCGCCAUUGGCCAGUCAGGUAUCAGUUUGAUGAACAUGGUUAUUAUUGCUGACACUACCACAUUAAAAUGGAGAUCUUUUUUCACCUCUCUUUUGUCCGUUCCUUACUUGGUUACCACUUGGAUUUCUGGGUACAUUGUUGAGGAUAUCAUCAACAGUAACUGGAGAUGGGGGUACGGUAUGUUUGCUAUCAUUACACCUGUUGCUUUAACACCAGCAAUACUUGUUAUGGCAUAUUUGGAGCACCAGGCCAAUAAAACCGGAGAGAUCCCCGUCGGUUCCGACCCACUUUCUAAGAAGAGGAUAGAAGUUACCGAAUCUCACGUCAGUGGAUUCAGAGAAUACUGGGAGCUCGUCAAGGUGUCUCUGAUAGAGAUAGAUGCAUUUGGUUUGAUUCUACUUGGCUUUGCCUUUUCUUUAAUUUUGCUUCCAUGUUCUUUAUAUUCCUAUGCUGAAGGCGGCUGGAAUAACCCAAGCAUGAUUGCUAUGGAAGUUGUCGGGGGUAUUUUCCUCAUAUCGUACGUUGUCUUCGAAGUUUUCUUCGCACCCUUCCCACUGCUGCCAAAGAGAGUCUUAAUGAACAGAACCUUUAUUUGCUGUGUCAUCAUUGACUUCAUUUACCAGAUGGCUGGCUAUUUUUCCCUUUUAUUUUUUACGUCAUAUACGUUUGUGGUCUUGAAUUUGUCUUACAGAAACUGGGUCUACCUUUCAAAUACUACCACAAUGGGUUUAUGUUUCUUUGGGGUUGUAUGGGGAGCUCUAUUUAGAGGUUUCCACCGUUAUAAGAUAUUCCAAGUUGUUGGUAUUGCAAUCAAAUUAAUCGGUAUGGGUCUUUACGUUACGUGCUCCAAAAAAGAAGGUAGCCCAGGUAUUGGCCUUGUUGUUGCCGCUUUGGUUGUCACUAACUUUGGUGAUGCUGCUAAUGUUAUGGGUACUCAGGUUGCCGCGCAGGCUGCCGUUCCUCAUCAAGAUAUGGCCGCCACUAUUUCCGUUUUAUCUCUUUACAGUUCGAUAGGUGCAGCUGUCGGUACGGCCAUUACCUCUGCUAUCUGGACCGAUAGGUUACCUGGUGCCUUAUCCAAAUAUGUCCCAGACAGGGAGAAAGCAGCCGCAUUUUUCGAAUCCCUAACUACUGUGUGGGAAGAGCCAUGGGGCUCGGCAAACAGGGAAGGUGCUAUUGAUGCCUACCAAGAAGUAAAUUAUACGUUAUUCUGUAUGGGUCUUGGCGUCAGUGCCAUCAUGUUCAUUGUCGCGCUAUUUCAAACCAAUUAUUAUCUGGGUGAUCAACAAAACUGUGUGGAAGGUGAGCAAAGGGAGGACUAUCACCACAAUGCUGAUGGUUCUAAAAAGACGUUGCUAAACAGGGCUUUUGAUUUCUGGAAGUAA